AUAGAAGGGAUGUGUACGUGUUUUAUAUCUUGAUACUUUUGACGUUUCCAUGCCCUUCUUUGUCAUCGGAAUUUUAUCCCCCGUUUUUUCGAGUCGGACGAAACAAAACGGGCCUUCAAAUUCGUGAAAAUACCUGAACGCAAUCGGUUGCGUUCACGAUGAAAUGGGCUCUACGAUUGGAAAUAUCCGAGUUUUCCCUUGAGAGAAAGCAAAAAAUAAAAAAAAAUUAUGCGAAUUGACGAGGGACGGCUUCUCAUGUCUGGAAACGUUUCGACAUCAGAUCGCCAGAACUCAGUCCAAAAACUUCUCCGGAUGUAGAGAACUCAAGACGGGAGGAAUUGAGACCAUGGCGCAGAUUUUCGGCUAUAAACGUGAGGCGAUAAGGGUGAAAGUUAUGAAAUGUGAGGGUGUCCUCACCCCAGAGUACAAGAAGUUCAGCAUUGACCCGCAGAUCACUUCUUACGAGGUACUCCUCAGCUUGCUCGUCAAGGCUUUUGACAUUAAAGGCGAUUUUUCAGUUUGCUAUAAAGUAUUUGACGAUUAUGGUCAAGAAACAUAUCUACCUCUUCUCUCCGACUGGGAUUUGGAUGCUGCCUUUUUAAGUGCUUCCGAGCCUCAUUUAAACUUAAGGAUCGAGGCACGGCCUUUUGAAGAAACGUGCGAAAUCGAAGAGAACCCCGUUCAGCUCAUAGAGGCGAAGCCAUCCCACGGUCUACCUGGUUUCAUUAUGAAUCGGGUAAAUAUUUUCUUGAAGGUUGAAAAAACUUUUAAUCUUGUACAAAGGGCGCUUAACUUCACUGAAGAAGUGCAGUCAGCGCCUGUAAGCAAUCUUCCUCCCCGACCACCGCUCAUGGACGCUGAAUUUCGUCAGUUUCUAGAUCCCAUCGGCGAAGUUAUUGAUAUUGCACAACUGAGAUCUGUUAUUUACUAUGGUGGAAUUGAUCCUAGUCUAAGAAAAGUUGUCUGGAAGCACAUUUUAAACGUUUAUCCCAAAGGAAUGUCAGGAAAACAGAGGAUGGACUAUAUGAAAAGAAAAUCUAAUGAAUAUACUGUAUUAAGAGAUAGGUGGAGAGAAAUGGUGAAAAAUGGCAAGAUGGUCGGUGAUUUAGCCUAUGUGACAGGAAUGGUUAAAAAAGAUGUGCUAAGGACAGACAGGCAUCAUGUUUUUUAUGCUGGAAGUGAUGAUAAUAAAAAUAUUGCAUCUCUUUUUAAUAUAUUAACCACAUAUGCGUUGAAUCAUCCAUCUGUCAGUUAUUGCCAGGGUAUGAGUGACCUGGCAUCGCCGUUACUCGUCACGAUGAAUGAUGAAGCACAUGCUUAUAUUUGUUUCUGCGCUUUGAUGAAAAGAUUGGCACCAAAUUUCUUGCUUGAUGGCAUUACAAUGACCAAAAGGUUUCAACACCUUGCUGAUGGCUUGCAACACUAUGACCCAGUUUUCUACCAAUACUUAAAAUCUUAUCAGGCGGAUGAUUUGUUGUUUUGUUAUCGUUGGCUUUUACUCGAAAUGAAACGAGAAUUCGCUUUUGAUGAUGCAUUGAGAAUGCUUGAGGUUAUGUGGAGCUCUUUGCCUCCAGCAAAUCCUGAGGAAGAGCUGCAGCUUUACGAGCAGGAGUUCAUGAAAAGUCCACCUGUACCGAGCCCUCGGCCGAAAGAAAAUGCUUAUACCAAAAUAUGUGCACUAAGAAGAGGAGUUAACCACAUAAGUUUAGAAGAGACACCAAGAAAGCCUUUGGUGAAGACAAGACCGUAUACAAGUCUCGAUGAUACAUCGAUCAGAAAGCUUCAGGAAGUUAGUCCCAAGGCACCGAGGAUCGUUAGGAAUCUUAAUGAAUUUUUCUCCUUGGAAAAAACCAAGGAUAAACCAAAAGAAAAGGUCUCGCCUGAUGAUUCUACCGAAUAUUACCCUAUGACAAUCUCUUUAACAAGGGAAUUGAGAUUAGACCUGGAAAACCUUGAUAGACACGUAUUUGGCAAUGAUUCAAAGACCGAGGAUGUUUUUGUUUGGGAAAAUCCUUUAAGGAAUGAAAUGUCACCCGAUGAAAUUGAAGUUAGUGUGACGCAGAGUGAAGCAAAACCAAAAUCACCUACAAACUGUGGGAACGAAGCGAAGUCUAGCCUCUUGGAAAGACGAAGGGUAACAUUAGAAGAGAUACCGACAUCAAAUGGAAAAUUAGAAACUAGCCAGAAUGAGAAAGCAGAACCGAGGCAGCUUUGCGGUCCGCUACCUUCUCCCAGGGAGUUCGGCGAUGGAAACCCAUUUUUAAUGUUCCUCUGCAUCACCGUUCUGACACAGCACAGGGAGCCGAUCAUGCACCAGGGCAUGGACUACAAUGAGAUGGCCAUGCACUUCGACCGGAUGGUAAGGAAGCACGACGUCACCAAGGUACUCAAUCAAGCCAGGCUCAUGUACGAGUCUUAUCUCAAACUCUAUGAUUUUUCAACAAAGAAAUCAAAUGAUACAUUGAAAGUUUGACAGUUUGGAGACAACUAUUGAAUUCGAGAGUAUUUUUAACGAUCAAGACUGAUCCCUGUUUUAUUCCCUACAAUUCCUGACUUAUUUAAUAAGCUGCUGUAUUACAUUCCUCACAAGCUUUGUUUAGAGUGAAUGAAGCUUUUGAGAAAACCUUGCUGGAAAUUAAAUUAUUUUAAAAUUUUAAUUCUGCAAAUCUUAUCUACACGAGCAUAUAGAUUAUUCCAAAGAAUGUAAAUUUAAGGACAUUUAAAGAUACACAUCUUUUACUAUUUUUAUGAGUUACUAAAAAAAAGUAUUGGUUGAAAUCUAUUGGUUGUAGUUGUAUGUGUACAUUAUAUUUGAUAUGAAAAGUAAAUACUGCAAAUUUUAUAUGGUUUAGUGUUUUAUUAGUGAAUAUAAAAUUUUAAAAAAAAAUCCUUAAAAGUGAUAUGAGUCAACACCACGGGAUAUUUUUUUGUAAUGAAUGUAAGUUUUAGAAAUGAAAUGUGAUAAUUAGAAUACUUUUAUUCAUUUAUAAUUUUAGUUGAUACUUAAUUUAAGAAUAUAUAUAUAUCAAUGCAAUAAAUAUUAUACAUGUUUAUAAUUACUGAACGAUUUGAUUUAUAUAUUUAAACUUCAAAGCAUUUGCUUUUUGAGAAUUAUUAAGCAUUUUGUUCAUUUUAAUAGGAAGUGUAUGUAGUGAAACUUCCAUUAAUGGACACUCUUGGGGAAUGAAAUAUUAUGUGGCUUAGAGAGGGUGUGUAUAUUAUGUCAGCUUUCUGGAGAAAAUUGAAAAAAAUGUUUAGUAUUACAAGACAGGCUAUAAACAAUAAAUUAAUUCCCCAUUCCACUGGAUGUACAUCUAUCCCUUCCUUCUGCAAAUUCUCGGAGAAAAAUUUCCUGGCUGACAUACAUUUGCAAAAGUGAAGCAUUACAUGUUUAAGUGAUUCCUUUACUCAUCACACCUCACGAUUGGGAUGUUUUCCUGCCAAUCUUAUCAAGGUUCGCAACACAGAUGCUGUGGUUAUUCUUACCAUCCUCUUCGCAGUCACACAUUUAAUUUUUCUUGAAUUUUACAUAUUAAUUUUUUCUUUAAAUGUCAAAUACACGCGGGGAGGCAUAUUUAAUAUUGUGGGUAGAUGAAUUAACUCAUAAAUGUCACAACAAAUAAACUGUAUUAAACGUGAAACAUUGUUUAGUAAUUUCAUUUUUAGUCGCAAAAUGAUCGUUACUUCUCUCUGAUCCAGGGAUGAAAGUGACGAUUUAAAUGAUAGCAGGAGUAAACCAAUGCAUUGUGGCCAUCAGCCAAAAUGUUAUCUUGUCGAAAUUCAAAGUCAAGCUGAUGAAGUACAUUUGCAAAGUGGCAAAAUCAAAGAAUUAGAGUCGAAGGACGAUACAUGCAAAACACAUUGGGGAACUGGUAUUCUCACAAAAAUUUCAUCCCACUUUUGGGAGAGUUUUAGAGUCAGAUAUACAUAUGUCAAAAAAGCAGUCUGCGUUCAUUAAUGGCAGGUUUCACUUCAUUUUUUAUUUUAACACUCGCAUCGCUAUUGGUAAGAAAUAACAUGGUCAGCCAUAGUGGGUCUUUUUAGACCCAAUUUUUUUGAACUGAAAAACUACAGUACAGGUUUUUUUAUAACGUUUAUUAUUUAGUAUGUACAUAAGCGAAUUAUAAACAGAAAUUUUCAUUUGUAUGCUAAAAUUGUACAUAUAUAAUUUUACAUUUUAUAAAAAAUUUCUUGUGUAGGUAUGAUGAAAUUUAAUUAUUUUAUGAAAUUUAUUUUACAUUAUUACCUAAAUAUUACGUUAUACUUUCUUGUUUUUUGGUUGACAUACAAUUUGUUCGCAUUUAUUACAUCUGGUAUAUAUUGUUGCCAGAUCAAAGACAUCGACCAUCAGGAAGAACAUUUUGUUCUUCUUCCUGCCUCUGAAACUAUAUCAUCCGCACAAGUAAAAACAGAGUUAGCAUCCAUUUAGAUCCCUUUCAUACAGAAACUGUACAAACUAAAAUGUGAGAGCUUUGAAGGAACUUGAAGGGUGCAAGUAGUAGGACAAACCCUUGUUCCACCUGAGUAGUAUUAACAAUUGUAUUUAGAAAAAAAAAAUUGGGCUGCAAUUGUGGAUCUAAAUAAACCCAAGUAUCUUUUUAUUUUUAAAGAAAAUUAUGUUAAAAGGUCAGACCUAAUAGAAGAAUGCAUUGGAGGGUAGAUAAAAAUAAAUAAAAAAUAGACGGCACAAGAAAAGAAAAGAAAAAUCACUGGGUUUUUCAACUCUCGAUGGCCGGGCGAGUGUUACUGUGAAGUCACCAGAAGUCAGAAUUUGUCCGUUAAAGUAAAGUGUCCGCUUUUUAGAGAUACCAUUAAGUGAAGUUUCACUGUAUAAUGAAAAUAAAUGGUCACAUUCCAGAUUUUAUGAUGAUACCUUUAUUUAUUUAGUAUAAAAGUUUAUUGAAAUAAAUUUUGUAAUUGCUUUUAUGAUUUGACAUGUUAUGUUAUUAUGUCGGUGAAUAAUUUACUAUUAUUAUUCAGAAAU